AUGAAUAAAUUAGUAAAUAGAAGUUUUGACAAGCUGAGAUUUUUGCAUACAUCAUCAAUUCGUAAAAAUUGCGAUGACACAGGACCACUUAUUAAGAAAAAGAGAAGGUUUUUUGAUUUGAAAUUAUUCAGACAACAUUUGAGGAGGCAGAAAAGCGAAGAGAUAGAAAAUGAGAAAAGGGAGUUGCUAAAAAUGUGUGCUAAGGAUCCUCCUAUGAAUUGGGAUGUAAGAACAUUUUUAGAAAGGAUAGAAAUUGGAGAUAAUAUUGAUGAAAUAGAGAAAUGUUUUAAAAGUUGGAAAGAAUUUAUUACCAUAACACCAAAGGAAUUAUUUCUUAUAGAUUGUUUAACUAAUGAACAAAGAAGAAAAUUAUGGAAAUAUAUAAAUAAAUAUAAUUAUGGUUUAUAUCCAGAAGAUUCCUAUGAUGAUUUUGUUAAAAAUUUCCAAGCACCUCCUUUAGAAAAUGAAAAUAAACCUUGGACCCAAGAAGAUGAUAAGAAAUUAGAUUAUUAUAUAAAUUAUUAUGAUAUUAAUUUUGGUGACCCAUGGUUAUAUAUUUCAUGGUAUAUGAAAAGAACAUUUGAUCAAGUUCAAAAUAAAUAUGUUGAAUUAUAUUUAAAAAAACAAAAUAAAAAAAGAAAAUGUGAAUUAUGUCUUACUAAAUCUACAACACCAUUAUUAAUGAAUAGAAAAUUUAAAUUAGAUCCUCCAUUUCUUUUUAUAGUUCCAUCAUCUGAAAACUUUCCUACUAUGAAUAUUUUUGAUUACUAUCAAAAGGAAUGUCAUACUACAAAUAAACAAUAUGAUUAUAGUCAUCAAGAAAAAAAAAAAAAUAAUUUUAAGAAUGAUCCUCUUUAUCCAUCAUAUGGCUCAUUAAUCUUUUCAAAUAAAUUUCUCCCAUAUGUCAAUAAAAGUUGUUUUUAA